GAAGCCAACUUGAAGAACGAAGAGACUCAAGACAUUUGCGCUGUUGAUUUGCUAGAUUAGUUGUUUAGGUUUAAAAAAGGUGCAUCAUUUAGAAUGAUCGAGACUCUUUUUUUUAAACUGAAUAGGGAAUAACUAAAAGCUGUUAGUCAAUUGCUUAGUCAUCGUGCUCCACUGAACUUCAUUCACCGUAGGUAAACCAGUCGUAGACUAGCGGUGGAUGCUAACUUGCUAAUGUCAAUGAAAUCUGUUGGACCGCUGAAGAAAUGUCUACCAGAGACUGGAGCAGGAGGUGCAUCCGGAGUUGUUUUAACACAAGGAAUGCGUUGACAUUUGUGACUCUAUCGGCUGUUGUUGUGGGUGUUGCUAUUGGCUUGGUUUUGAAGACCUUUACAACUCUUACAUUGUACCAGAGAGCGUGGCUUCGCAUUCCCGGAGAAUUUCUUUUCCGGCUGAUGCAGUUUGUUACUGUCCCUCUGCUGAUGACAAAUGUGAUACUCGGAAUUGCUGGUGCCACUCUCAGUCCCUCCAAAAAGAUCACUAGAUGUGCAUUAACAUACUUUAUCUUUACAACAGUAAUGUCUUUGAUGAUAGGAAUCACCCUGACAAUGCUGAUCAAACCAGGGAUCAGUGCAAAUGCCGAACAAUCAGAUGACGGUAUUGAAUCUGAGGAUGCCUACAGCACCAUUGAUGCCCUGUCUGAUCUAAUAAGAAACCUCAUUCCACACAAUCUGAUUCUGCUGAGCUACAAACAGUACAAGACUAGGAAGGUGUUCAAGGAGUCACAAGCGGUCAACGGUACCCUUACGGGAAAUCUAGACUUGCAUUUAGUAGGCGAAAACAUGCGAGGAGUUAACAUGCUCGGAUUGAUAGUGGUGUCAGUUUUCAUUGGGAAGAGCAUUAGGAAGAUUGGAGCUGUGGGCGGAACCUUUCUGGAGGUCAUCAACACCGUCAACAUUGUCUCCAAAAGUUUGGUGAAAAUAAUAAUGAUCUAUUUUCCCAUUGCAGUGAUGUUCAUGAUGGCAAGCUAUGUUCAUACCAUUGCAGACGACUGGCAGACUGUUGUUAGCCUUGGAAAGUUCAUCACUGUAAUUGUUACUGGACUUCUCAUCCAUGGUUUUUUGGUGUUGCCACUCAUCUGCUUCGUGUGUAUGAGAAGGAACCCAUACCCAAUCUUUCCAGGGAUUGCACCUGCAUUGCUUAGGGGGAUGCUCGUUUCACGCUCUUAUGCGGCAUCAGAGACAUUCAGCUGUUGCGAAGAUAGACUGAGGAUCAACAAAAGAAUAACUCGUUUCAUGCUGCUCAUUGGGAUCCACGCCAAUAUGGAUGGAACGGUCCUUUAUGAGAUGUCCGCUGCCCUGUUCAUUGCUCAACUCUCAGGCUCCAGGUUGCACUGGAGCAACAUCAUCAGCAUUGCUGUGACAGUGGCAGUGGCCACUCUUGGAGAGGCAGGAAUCCCCGCUACAGGAAUGAUGACCACCCUCUUCAUUUUGACCAUCACUGGGAUUCCAGUGAGACCUGCCUCCCUUUUGCUCUCCAUUGAAUGGCUGCUAGAUCGCCUCAAUGCCGCUGUCAAUAUCAUGAGCGACUGUUUUGGUGUUUUUCUCGUUGCUAAUGUGUCAGAAGGAGAACUGAAAAAAAUGGAGGAGGAGAUGCCUUAUGAGCAUCUACCAGGUAAGGCUGCAGGGUUUUUUUUUUUGCACAUAUGACUGUGUACUUACACU